AGCCCCACUUGAAGGGUCCUUCUAGGUGGAGGUGACAUUCGCAGUUGCAGCAGACAAGCCGGUAAGAGAAGUCGUGAAAAUUACUCAAAAUAAAGCAUCAUGGCACAGGCAGUCCAGAAACUGGUGGCCAAAGUACCUAGUUUGAUUGGAGCCGCUGCUACCUACUCCAAGCCCCGUCUAGCGACCUUCUGGCACUACGCUAAAGUCGAGCUCGUGCCCCCUUCCCCUGCCGAGAUUCCCCAGGCCAUUGUUGGAAUCAAAAACAUUGUCACCGGUGUCAACAGUGGGCGCCUUGGACAGACCACAGUGAAGGAUGCGUUCAGAAAUGGAUUGGUGUGCACUGAAGUGUUGAUGUGGUUCUACAUUGGAGAGUGCAUCGGGAAAGGAGGCAUUGUUGGAUACGCCGUUUAAAUCUGACUGUCUUGUUGCUCUGCUCUUAACUUCCACCUCAACUGUGGAGAUCCAAUUAAUAAAUGUAUAUUGUUUAAAGAA